AUGGUGCCAACACCUCAAGAACUGAAUGCAGCUCAAAGAGUUGGGGAUGGCGAGAAAUCGGCAGACAGGGUCGUGAUAUCCGGCAUGUCAGGUCUCUUCCCCAACUCUUACCACGUGAAGGAUCUUGCCGAAAUACUGUAUAACAAGGUAAAUCCAAUCUCAUCUAAACCUCGAUGGCAGUACAACCAUCCAGAGGUAGCCCCGUUCACCGGCAAGGUUCCUGAUCUAGAACAUUUCGACGCACAAUUCUUCAAGGUGCACUUUCGUUUGGGACACACUAUGGACGCCGUAUCUCGCAAGAUAUUGGAACAAGCAUAUCAAGCGAUUUAUGAUGCUGGCGUAAGUCCAGAAGAUCUGUCCGGGAAGAAGGUCGGCGUGUUCGUCGGCACUUGUUUUUCCGAGAGCGAAAAAGCCAGUUUCUAUGUUGCCAGUACUAGAAACGGAUUCGGUAUCGCGGGAUGUAACAAAUCGAUGUUCGCCAAUCGCAUCUCUUACUGGCUGAAUGCGAAGGGCCCGUCGAUGUCCAUCGAUGAGUCGUGCUGCAGCUCCAUAGCGGCACUGGAACAGGCCUACCUCGCCAUGAGCCGCGGCGACUGCGAAGCGGCUAUCGUCGGCGGCGGCAACAUCUGUCUGCAUCCUCAGGCUUCGCUGCAUUACGGCAGGAUCAUGUCUUUAAGUAUGGAUGGGAAAACAAAAUCUUUCGAUGAUAAAGCGGCAGGCUGCGCGAAGUCAGAAGCUGUUAACGUUCUGUUUCUACAGAAAGCAAAAGAUGCUUUACGAGUCUACGCGGACGUUGUCCACGUCAAGAGUGAAUUCUUAAAAAUCCUGGACGAUGAGACAGGACCUAAGUACGGCUUCUACCGUGAUCCGAGAGAUGUCGCUGUUUUCUUGAAUAACUUCUACAAAGAAGCGAGAGUACCACCACAAGCCGUCGAAUAUGUUGAAGCGUUUGGAUCAGCAAUUCCAGAGGCAGAUAAAGCAGAAUUGGAAUCAAUAGAUGCAGUAUUCUGUAAGGAUAGAGAGAAACAACUUCUUGUGGGUAGUGUGAUGUCUAACAUCGGCUACGGAGAAGCGGCUUCAGGCAUAUCUGCCGUUACUAAGGUUCUUCUAGGUUACCACACAGGUAAACUAGCUGCCAACCUUAAUUGUGACACACCUAGGACAGACGUCGCGGCGUUACGCGAGGGUCGUAUGCGUAUUGUGACCGAACAUCAACCAUUUAACAGAUCGUAUGUUGCGGUUAAUGGUAUUGCUAUUACUGGGGUUAAUGCUCAUGUUUUGUUACAAGGAAAUUAUAAACCGAAGGAUCUAAACCGUUACAAAUCCAAUAUUCCACACUUAGUGACUGUUUCUGCGAGACAAGAUUCUUCAGUGAAAAGAGUUCUAGCUGACUUGAAGAUGAGACCAGUCGACCCUGAGGAGUUGGCUCUGUUCCACAACAUACAUCAGACCAGAAUCUCCGGUCAUUUGGGCAGAGGUUUCGCUAUACUAUCUACAAAUGCGGAGGGAGAGACAGUGUCAUUAUGCGAGAAGGCGGAUUACUUCGACGACGCGCAGCGCCCUCUGUGGUUCGUGUACAGCGGCAUGGGCUCGCAGUGGUCCGGUAUGGGCGCACAGCUCAUGCGUAUACCGAUAUUUGCAGCUGCCAUUGAACGUUGCCGCCGUGUCCUGGAGCCUCUAGGAGUUGACAUAGUAGACAUCAUCACCAACCCCGAUAAGACGAUGUUUGACAACAUUCUGCACUCGUUCGUCGGCAUCGCCGCCGUGCAGAUCGGUCUCACCGACGUGCUGAAAGCCCUCGGCCUCGUACCAGAUAAGAUUAUAGGUCACAGUGUCGGCGAGUUAGGCUGCGCGUACGCCGACGGCUGCUUCACGGCUGAAGAGAUGAUAUUAGCUGCCUAUUACCGUGGACUUGUGUCUGUACAGACACCCUUCAUCCGUGGAUCUAUGGCUGCAGUAGGCAUUGGCUAUAAACAGGUGGUCAAAUUGUGUCCUCCAGAGAUCGAAGUAGCGUGUCACAACGGCCCCGAAUCCAGCACGAUCUCUGGCCCUGCUGACAUCAUGAAGGAAUUUGUAGCACAACUCACUGAAAAACAGAUUUUCGCUAAAGAAGUUCCCUGCUCCAAUAUUGCUUACCACUCCAGAUAUAUUGCUAAAGCUGGUCCUGGUCUACUCAAGUAUUUGAGCCAAGUGAUCAAAUCCCCGAAGCUUCGUAGUGAAAAAUGGGUGUCAACUUCAGUGCCACAAGAGAGAUGGAACGAACCGAUCGCUCAAUACUCUUCAGCGGAAUAUCAUACUAACAAUCUGCUUAACUCCGUGCUCUUCGAAGAGACCUCAAAGUUAAUACCAGCCAACGCGGUACUAGUGGAAAUAGCCCCGCAUGGCUUGCUGCAAGCUAUCCUCAAAAGAUCACUGCCGGAGUCCUGCCGGCACGUGCCGCUCACCAGGCGAGGACAUCCAGACAAUGUGCAGUUCCUGCUUGAAGCUGUUGGCAGACUUUAUAUGGAGGGAUACAAUCCAAAUGUGGCGGCUCUGUAUCCAAAAAUCGAAUUCCCUGUUUCCACUGGCACUCCAAUGUUGUCACAUUUAAUUGAAUGGGCUCAUCACGAGAAAUGGAACAUACCGCUGUAUGUAUCAGCACACAGAAUUGUUGCGGCGUCUUGCAAGUUCGUGUACUCCGUUUACGACGUUGAAAAUGAAUAUCUCACUGGAUGUGUGAUAAAAGGAAAGAAUACGUUCCCAUUCACGGCAGCGCUGAUCGCAGCUUGGGAUUUACUCGCGAUGUCACUUGGUCUGCUAAAGAAACAAUUGUCAGUCCAAUUCAAGGAUAUAAAGCUGUACUGCCAACCAAUGCUUCAUCAGCAACGCCAGUUGCGCCUCUUCACCACACUUCACAGAGGAACUGGCUACUUCGAGAUCAUGGACGAAAAUAACAGGGUGGCAACUGGUUACAUCAAGGGUGAAGUUGACGACGAGAGGCCCUUUACAAAUGAAUUCACAUCAUCUGAGGAAUUGGAUUUCAAAUCUGAAGAUAUCUAUGAUGUAUUAAAGAAGCGGGGAUUCGAUUACAGCGGGGAAUUCCAAAGUAUUAAAAAAGCGAACAAAUCGCUGACUGAAGCUGAUAUAACUUGGAACAACAACUGGGUAACAUUCAUCGAUGGUAUGCUACAAUUGAAUAUUCUUGCUCGAUCUCACGACUCUAUCUCCCUGCCUACCCACAUUAGGAAGAUCAUUAUUGAUAUAAAGAGGCAAAGUGAAACACAAGUUGGCAGCGACAAUGUCAUGACUGCAGAAGUUUUUGAUAUACUGAAGUAUACAAGAUGCGGAGGUGUGGUAAUAGAAGAUCUUAAAUUCCGUGAUCUGCCACAACUGACAAAAGAAGCAGAUUUAAUGGCGUUGAAAGUUAUACCUUAUUUCCAACAAAAUGUAACAGAUGUUUCCACCGCGAUGUUGGUUUUCCUACAAAUCGUAUCUGAAAAUUUAAACAAGUCAAGUAUCAAUAUUGUCGAACUCUCUGACAAUGACGAAGAAUCAGCUUUCGGAAGCCUGAUUGAUGUUUUCAAAAUGAUACCCACAAUCAAAGUGCAAUACAAGAUUAUCAAGAGGAACCACAUGUUGGAUGAAAGAGUUCAUUUUCUCACGGAUGUUGAUGUACUUCUUGUUACAGAUCUGUCCAAAGACGAUAAGCUGUGUCAAACACUGUACCGCGUCCUCUGCCGAGAUAACUUCAUUGUGAACAGAGAGAACGAUGCAAAAGACACAUUUAAUAGACCAUCAGUCUUAUACCGUGUUGUUAGUGCUCAAAAUACUACUAACAGUCGCUUAGAGUUGGUAAGAUGGCGACCAACGACCACCACAGCUUCUACCAGCGCCUUCACCGUACGAACAGCUUCAGAUUUAGCGUUACUGGCUACCUCACAAGCAACUCUGCCACAACGACACAAGCUCCUCAUCAUCACAUCAUAUCCACUAAUCGAUGGAUUAAAAGAACUGGUGCAGAAAUGGAGAAAGGAUCGCAAUCAAAUCUAUGUUGUUAUGAUUAAUCAUAAGAUUGCUGAAGACCAAAAUAUCGAUCAGCUGCCUAAUUUAGAUUUGGCUUUCAAUGUACUGGAUAAUGGACAAUGGUGCGGCGAAUUCGCUAUUCCUUUACAGCAGAAAUUGUCUACAGUACGUGAUGUAACACUUCAAAAUUCUCGCAUUGGAUCGUUAGAUGUCAACUCUUUUCACUGGGUAGAAAUGCCUAAUAUCAAGGGACCUGGUGUUAAAGUUACUGUCCACUACGCUGGAAUUAAUAACACUGAUAUCAAAAGAUGUUUAGGAAUAAUCCCGCGGGUUGGCAAAGACAGUUGUUUCGGUAUGGACUUCAGUGGUGUGACUGAAAGUGGCGAGCGUGUGAUGGGUUUGGUACCGAGCGGCGCGGUCAGCUCGCGCGUGCUGGCGGACCCCAAGCUACUGUGGCCAGUGCCCGACCACUGGACAAUGGAGGAGGCGGCCACCGUGCCACUGGCAUAUUCCUUCGCCAUCUACUGUAUCGGUAUCAAAGUCCUGUUGAACCCUAAAAUGAAACUGCUGGUGCACGGCGGCGCGGGUGCGCUGGGUCAAGCUGUCAUAUCCAUUGCCUUAGGCAACGGCUGUGACGUGUUCACUACAGUUAGUGACGUCAGCAAGAAGCGAUUCCUGUGCAAAAUGUUCCCGCAACUUAAAGAAAACCAAAUCGGCAACUCCCGCGACAAUACUUUCGCUGACAUGGUCCUGGCUGCCACCAAUGGAGAAGGCUGUGAUGUUAGCAUCAGCUGCGUAACUGGAAGUCUUAAAGAUUCAACACUCAAAUGCUUGGGUCUGUGCGGGAUCAAUUUUGAUACGAUUCAAAUUACAACACGUGAUAACUACUCGUAUGGAAUGUAUAAUCUGACGAAGGAAAGGUCAUACAUGGCCGUCGAUUUUGCACAAGCUUUGAGAGAAGGGAACGUUAAAGAAAUUUCUAACAUACAGUUAAUGUUAGCUGAAGGCAUCAAGCGAGGCUACGUACGGCCGCUGUCUCGUGUCGUGUACAGUCCACUGGACGUGCCGCGAGCCUUCCGUCUGUUGGCGGCAAGCAACCACCGCGGCCGCGCCUUAAUACAACUGCAGGGCAACCAAGACGCUCUCACAUUGAACACUGAACCAAGAUCUCUCGAACUCCAAGGUGUGAAAGUAAUACUUUCUAACGAAGAAUUAAAGAGCAGUGGCAAUCUUAAUACGUUGUUAUCUAACUGCACUGAUAUGGGCACUAUAGAAGGUAUCUAUGUGAUCGCUGUAGACAAUAAAACUGAAGAACCUUUCAAUGUGAUUCAAGAAUUAGAUACAGCUACAAGAAAACUAUGCCCGAAUCUUAGGUACUUUGGAGUUAUCAAUGGAUCCUCAGAUUAUGGAGUUCAAUGCUGCAUCUCAAGAGAGCACGACAGACUGCCAGCCACUUUAAUAAAAAUACCAUCACUCAAUAAGAUGGUUAAUAGUGAGUCUAAAUCUGAAGAAAUAUUGACAGAAACGGACGUCGUGAACGUGUUUGAACGUAGUCUUAGAUUUUCUGAGUCUGUCGUUAUCGCAAACCCACGGGUGUUGCAGCCACAAUCACUUCUGCAACAAAUCGCGAGAGUGGCAGGUAUUGAAAUAUCAGAAGACGUUCCGGAAGAUAUCACUCUGUCAGAAUUAGACUUCGAAAACGACAAGUCCACAAACAUCACCACAUACUUACGAGACGUACACAACAUAUCGGUCUCAGAAGAACACGUCCCCUACUUGACAGUGCAGAAAAUACGUGAAAUGGAAGAAUCAAUGAGAGACAUAGAAUUCGAAGAAACCAAAGGCUUGGGUACAUUCUUUUCGCAUGUGGACGCUGAUGAACUCGAAGUAACCACUGAAAUGGUGUUUUUGCCGACGCUAGCUAAUAAUUCAACUAUGCGUGACGACGAAUUCGACGCUACCCAGACGUACUUAUGUAUAAUACCAGGGCUGGAAGGUAACCGUGAACGUUUCCGAAUUCUUUGCGAACGACUCAAGCUGCCAGCUGUCAUCUUGCAGCCCGGACUUGAUAGGCCCGAUGAAACCGUGUCCAAUCUGGCCAAAAGAUAUGCAGAGACACUCUUGAAGAAAACUGCAUUGAAGCGUAACUUUUAUCUUUUGGGAUAUGAAAGUGGUAUCUUGGUGGCACUGGAAAUGGCAACUAUCUUGGAAGAUCACGGAUUAACUGGUACUGUCUUCUGCAUUGGAGCAUCGCCUGACGAAUUACAAGUAGUCCUUAAAGAACAACUUAAGGAGUACGACACCGAUGAAGCUUUACGAAUGGCUAUGGCGAGACAUAUGUAUAAUCUAAUGGUAGGCGGGAACACUGAUGGAUUUGAGAGAGCCAUAUCAGGUGCUUUCACUUGGAAAGAGAAGUUAGAAGCUUGUGCUCGUUCAAUACUUGGGAAGGUUUCUCAUUCCGGACAAUAUACUAAAGAAAUGAUCGAUUGUGCGUUCCGAAGGAUUAAACAAAUCCAAGAUUACAAGCCAACACCUAAAGCGCUUCGUUCAAAGAUAAUUCUUUUCCGUGCCGCUUCUGUGGGUACUAAUGAUCAAUCCUUACAGGAUUAUUCUAAAAACCCGAUCACCGUAUACAAGCUAAAUGCACCGUUAGCACACUCCGCUAUGGAUUUACGUUGUACAGCUUUAAUUAAUAAACAUCUGGAUCCUGAAAUACUUGAGGAGUUCGAGACGAAGAACCUCUGCGACACUUAUUUGCUUAACGCGGAUACAUUUAUGACUAAUUCUUAUGAUUUUUAG